AAAGUAACUACUCUAAACCGAGAAUUGUCUGCAGGUUCCUUCUUCGUUCUCCAUCACCAAAAUAUUCUUACUCAAAUCGAAUCUGUCGUAGAGAGCUAAGAUCUUAAUUCAACGAUGUCCAGUGAAAAGUCAGUGCUGGCGGUGAUCAGGGCCUCGAGGCCAACCUUCCGUAACCAAAACGACAAAAUCGCCUUUGCCGUUCACUCCACCUUCCUCGCUUCCGGCUAUGUCCUCACCGCUACAGGUCCCCAGGCCCUCUCCGACGCUGCGUUUUCUGACCCCUCCAAUGACGAAGUACCCGUUGAUCACUGGAACGAGCUAAACGACGAGUACGCGUUCGUUUAUGCCAACCCAGAAAAGGGUUCGAAGAAAGUGCUUGUCAAGUGCCUCGUGAUGAACGACAAAUUGCUCGUUCAUGCUCUGUCUGAAGAGUCUUCGGAGCCUUUUCACCUUGAGAUUAAUGUUGGAGACUAUGCUGGAGAGGAUGGGGGAAGCAAUUAUUCUCAGCACUUCAAGAAUUUGGAGAAACUUGUGAAGAAAUUAGAUGAGGAUAUCUUGUCUAAAUUAGACGGUUCUUCCAAUGCUGGCUCGUCAAAUAGAAGCUCAGAAACCAGCCACAGAACAAGACAAGAGAUACCAGAGCCUGUUUCUGGAUAUGGUGAACCUGCUGGUCCUUCAAAUCAUCCUACUGGAAUUAUUUUCCCUCCAGUUCCCAUUGGUUCUGGUAGUGAUCUUGUUCCUGGGCCUGCUGCUGGAGUUCAUCCUUCAAGGGGUGGUCAUGGCAUUGGUGGGGGCAUGCUUGUUGGGCCUAAUGAUCCCCGUUGGUUUGGUGGUAUUGGUGGAGAUCCCGCUUUUCCUGGAGGAUUGCCGGGUGUUCCUCCGGGUGCACGAUUCGAUCCGUAUGGUCCUCCUGGUGUUCCUGGUUUUGAACCCAACAGAUUUGCAAGGAAUCCUAGGAGGCCAGGAUUUGGCACUCAUCCAGAUUUGGAACAUUUCAGGAGAGAUACUGAUUCAGAUUACAUAUAGUUAUUGUAUUAUCACCACCUUCCUUUGCUUCUUAUUUCAUUUUCAUUUCUCUGUUUUGUCAAUAGUCCUUUUAUCAAGGAAAGAUAGAAAACAUUGAGUGAGCUCUGCUCAGUCAUACUUUCCUUCGUGUUAUCCAUCACUAUGUGCACCCAAGAGAAGUUUGGAUUAUUUGAAUGUGCUAAUGAUGUUGACUGUAAAGUUAAAAACAUACCAAAAUACCAUGCAUAAUGAAGUGAUUUUGAGUUACUCU